AUGUCCCAACCGCACUCGGGGCCGGUCUCACUAGCUCGAUAUCGCCCCAUUCUCUACCUAUUCACUGGCGUUGCUGCCGCCUAUGCGAUUCUUUAUGUUCACAGCAGUAUCGUCGGGCAAGCUCCCCCGUCCUCAAUCCGACGCCGAGGUGCUGUACGCCGCUCAAGAAGAACCGAAGCCGAAGAGCUCGAAAUCGUUGAUACUCCGUCUUACCGAGCCAUCGCCCACCUGGAACAGCUAGAGCGCCAAAAUGGCGUUUAUGGGACCUUCCGCAUUGAGACAGAAGAUGGCCGGCGUGUGGAAAGCGGCCUUCUACCAUCGCUACUCGCAACACGCGACCAGCUUAUGGAGGAAGUUGGCGUCCCGUCUGCUCAUGCGGAGCGCAUGCGUGAAAUGAUGGAGGACACCUUCCUGGAGUCGUUCCUUGCACUCGACUUCCCAUCCGCACAUACCCUUGUAGAGGACAGUCCCGAAAGAACAUACUUGACGGAACAGCUCCAGCACCGGGGUAUCUCCCGGGCCGGUAUUGAACGGGCAUUAGUGCGGUUCAAUGGAGAUCAGAACUAUGGAGAGGAGCUACGUCGGCGCCGACAGAAUGGUGAACGGGUUACCCUUUCCACUUCUACCUUCCCCGAUGUGCCUACGCCCCCACAGAAUGCUGACGGGGUGGAGACGGUAGCAGAUGACCAGAGUGUUUUCUCGUGGCGGGAGGGAAACAACGAUGCAUCGCCUACUCGUGAGGGCCAGAACCUGCUAAAUCUGCUCUACCACAUCGCCGAAGAUCAGGCGAGGAGAGACGGGUACAUUCAUCGUGGAGUUACAUGCAACAGCUGUGGCGCGAUGCCGAUCCAGGGAAUCAGAUACCGCUGUGCAAAUUGCAUUGAUUACGAUCUCUGUGAGACUUGCGAGGCGAUGCAAGUGCACAUCAAGACCCAUUUGUUCUACAAAGUCCGGAUCCCAGCUCCUUUCCUUGGGAACCCUCGCCAAUCUCAGCCCGUGUGGUAUCCUGGAAAGCCUUCGAUGCUCCCGCGGAGCCUCCCUCGUCCUCUGGCCAGGCGUCUCAUGAAAGACACCAAUUUUGAAAAUACAGAGCUUGAUGCACUCUGGGAUCAGUUUCGCUGUUUGGCAAAUUAUGAGUGGGCAGAUGAUCCCAACAAGUUGUACAUGGCCAUCGACCGCAAAACCUUUGACCGAUGCUUUGUGCCAAAUACCUCUAUCAGGCCACCACCUCCGAGUCUCAUUUACGACCGAAUGUUCGCGUUUUACGACACCAAUGGCGAUAAUCUUAUUGGAUUUGAAGAAUUCCUCAAGGGGUUGGCCAGUCUCAAUAACAAGAGUAACGAUGAGAGACUGCGACGUGUAUUCCGUGGUUAUGACAUCGAUGGAGAUGGUUUCGUCGAGCGAAAGGACUUCCUUAGAGUCUUCAGGGCGUACUAUGCUCUGAGCAGAGAACUUACCAGAGACAUGGUUGCGGGUAUGGAAGAUGAUUUCUUGGAAGGUGGUGCCCGCGACGUGGUUCUCGGUAGCCAGCCCAUCAGUUCUGCAUUCCCUGGCAGCAUUCCUUCCGGUGAACGUUCACGUAUCGGGGAAGGCAAGCGCAUGAACCGGGAUGGUGACAUGGAAAUAAUAGACAACGAAGGUAUCUUGCGACAGGACGGUGCUGACAAUGGUGAUCGACACUCAGUCGUGGGCGAUGCAGCUGUCCGAGAGCAGUUUGGUCGAGUGCGGCCAAUGUUCCCCUCUACACUUCGCCUGGCACCUACCGACUCUCCGCAUCGUCCAGGUGAUGCAGGUGAGGACGAAGAUGAAGGCGAUGAUGACGAGGAGAAUGAUGAUAACGACCGUGCUAGCGAAAGCGGUUCGGAUCGGUCUAGCUCUUCAGUGGCUAGUGACACCUGGCCACCAGCUGAGCACAUCCGUGAGGAAGUUAUAGUCGAGGCCCUUGGAUCCUAUAUACCUCCUCAGGAUAUUACAGAUCCGAUUGAUCGGGCCCGCGUUGCCACUACCAUUUAUCGUAGGCUGCGCGAUGAUGAUCAAAGGCGGAUUGAUGAGACGCGUCGGCAUGGCAUCGACGAGCGCUGGAGACGCCGAGCAUUCUACACGGACGAGGAGGAUGGCGCCGUUGCCCCUGAGGGCUACGAGAGAGAUCCAGCUAUCGAUAACUCGAGCGAUGAAGACGACAUUGAUGAAGUUGAUUCACAUCCUCCCUCUCCCCGUUCCCGGUCUUCAUCUAAGGUACGAUUCCAGGAUGAUCUGACUGACGACUAUGACCUCCGAUCCAACCCAUCGACUUCGUCACGAAGCAUCCCUGUUGGUGAACGAUGGGGUGGCUUCGAGAUCCCAGAAGUCGAAAGAGAUGUCGGUAAGGAGAUUCUGUAUCAAGUGACGCAGCAAGGGUUCAAUGAGCUUCUUGACAUUCUGUUCAAGCCUCGGGAAGAUCUGAUGAUGGAGGUUCACCGCACCCGCGCUGAUCGCAGGGUCUGGGCCCGCGAGAUCGAAAUGGCAGCAAAGGAGGGACCUCAGAAACGUUCCCCUAAAGAGGAUGUGCCUACUGAAGAAGAACUUGAAAAAGCUACCGUCGCCCAGCCGCUCGAUGAUCUGUUGCAGCGCGCUGGAUACGUGGUGCAAAGUCCAGUCCUUGAGCCUCGCAACACGGCGCCAAUUUUGGCACCUCCUUUGUUUGAUGCCAAUGCCUUGGAUGAUGAUGAUGAUGAUGACGAGGAUGAUAUACGACCAACCCAUCUCAAUAAUCCCGAUUACGAACCUCAUCACUGGCGAGGAGGCUCCUUUGGAUUCGAUUACACAUCCACCGCCUCCUCUCAAUCUGAUGAUGAAACCAUCUCACAAACAUCCGAUGGUGAACCAUCCAGCUUAACUGUCGAGGACACAACACCAUCCUACGACCCAACUCUCCCACAUCAUCGCCCGGACGCAGAUACCCUUCAUUCCGGUGUCUCCUUCCAUGCUGAUGUCUUCCAGCCACAGUCCGAAAUAUCAGACUGGGCCUCCGAAUCAUCUCCAACCACAAGUACAAACCCUGACCUCCCCGCUCAACUUCGCCUCGAGCCCCACGGCACAACCUCCCUCCCUGCCCCGACAUCUCCCCACUCCUCUCCAGAAGCCGAGGCAACCGCGCCGAAGCUUCCCCCCUCCCCUAUGCAACCACUCCCACCCCCGCACCGGGUCAGUGACCAGGCUCCUGAGUCCGCUGCCCCUCGUCGACCUUCGCCUAAAACACUGGCUCGAUGGGCCUAUCUAGAUCAGAUUGAGCGCGAGGCUAAGGAGCGUGGUGGUAGCGGUGCAAGACUCAGUUUUGAGGAGUUUUCACGCCGUAUGGCUGCUGAUCGGGGACGUCGUCUGGCUUUUGUGGCUAGCUGGAUUGAGAUGGCUAGUUUCUAG